AAGAGCAGCAGACACCAGAGUUCUGUCACCUCCAGUGGAUCUAUUUGAAUCACACACAUUCUUCUUCUUUCAAAAAGGAUCACACUGAAGACGGAGGAUGGAGCCAACAGACGGUCCCUACGACUACUACGACUAUGAGGAGACUGAAAACUCCACCAUGUGCGACUAUUCUGAGUGGACACCGUCCUACUCGGUUAUCCCGGUGCUCUACAUGCUCAUCUUCAUCCUGGGUCUGUCUGGGAACGGGGUGGUCAUCUUCACCGUGUGGAGAGCCCAGGGGAAGCGCCGCGCCGCUGACGUCUACAUCGGGAACCUGGCGCUGGCCGACCUGACCUUCGUGGUCACUCUGCCGCUGUGGGCUGUGUACACCGCCAUGGGCUACCACUGGCCCUUCGGAGUGGCUCUGUGUAAGAUCAGCAGCUACGUGGUCCUGCUCAACAUGUACGCCAGCGUCUUCUGCCUCACCUGCAUGAGCUUCGACCGCUACCUGGCCAUCGUCCACUCCCUGUCCAGCACACAGCUGCACACCCGCGUUUAUAUGCAAGCCUCUCUCAAAGUCAUCUGGCUGCUGUCUGGUCUCCUGGCUGCACCAACUCUGCUGUUCCGCACCACCAAGCACGACCUAACCAGCAACCGCACAUCCUGUGCCAUGGACUUCAGCCUGGUGGUGUCCACCAAAGAACAAGAGAACCUGUGGAUCGCUGGCCUCAGCAUCUCAUCUUCAGCGCUGGGCUUUCUUCUACCUUUCUUGGCCAUGAUGGUGUGCUACGGCUUCAUCGGAUGCACCGUCAACCGCCACUUCAACACUCUGCGCAAGGAGGACCAGCGUAAGAGGAGGCUCCUGAAGAUCAUCACCACCCUGGUGGUGGUUUUCGCGGCCUGCUGGAUGCCCUUCCAUGUUCUGAAGAGUGCCGAUGCCCUGUCUUACUUGGACCUUGCUCCGGCUACAUGUGCCUUCCUGCGCUUCCUGCUGCUAGCUCACCCCUAUGCCACCUGCCUGGCCUACGUCAACAGCUGCCUCAACCCUUUUCUUUAUGCUUUCUUUGACCUGCGCUUCAGAUCCCAGUGUCUGUGCCUCCUCAACCUGAAGAAGUCCUUGCACGCCAGCCCUGUCAGCUCUCAGUCCUCUCAGAAGACAGAGGCUCAGUCUCUGGCCACGAAAGUGUGAUGAUGAGCGUAAAGCCUGGAGGCUAAAGACUAGAUGAACCAUGCAAAAACAAUGCAGGCCGAUCCAAACCUCCCAGUGUGUCUGCAGUCAGUUUGUGGACGUCCCUUCUGUUCUCACUCCCUGAAUGUGUGGACUUUGACUGAAGACCGCUGAGGAUCCAACCACGGGUAACGGAGAUGUUUGGAGCAGAAGCAGAAAACAGACUGUUUUUGGAACGUUACGUUGAAGGACCACAUGUUUGUGAAUGUCUCUCCUGUGGAUUUUAUUCAAAGUACUGAGUCCUGAACUCUGAACUCUGUCCUGGAGCAGUGAAGUGGACUACUGCUGCUGUGGUUCUAGUUUUCAUUCGUAAGCACUAGAGGUGUGAUAUCUGCCACUGGCCUCUGGUUCAGUCUGUAGAACCUGCAUCACAGCCACCGGGGGAAUGUCAGUGUGUGUGUGUGUGUGUGUGUGUGUGUGUGUGUGUGUGUGUGUGUGUGUGUGUGUGUAGGAAGGGUGUGCCAGUCUCUGAGAGGUGUUGGAGUCUGAUAAAAGUGUUGUAAGGAGAGACGGGGGUAGUAGGAGGGUGGGGUGGGGUCCCAGACAGACUGACAGAUGGCAGCUGACAAAUGUUUUCAGGUUUUGCUGCAGGGCCCAAUUAAAAGGUGACUGCUUUGACAGUCUGUGAAAGAAUGAGACUGUGUGUGUGUGUGUGUGUGUGUGUGUGUGUGUGUGUGUGUGUGUGUGUGUGUGUGUGUGUGUGUGUGGUGAGUCAGAAUGAGGAUGAGGAUGAUGAGGAUGAUGAAUUUUUUCCAGACAUAUUUUGUCAAUACACAUGAUUUUGAAUCCAUGUUUAUGAUUUGUAAUAAAAAAGGAGCU